ACACACACACACUGACAAACAAACAAUCCCUCCCCCACACACACACACACAGAGGCUGAGACAGGCGGAGCUGAGGUGUGUGUACCGGGGACUGUCCGGUGAGACUCGGUGUGUGUACCGGGGACUGUCCGGUGAGACUCGGUGUGUGUACCGGGGACUGUCCGGUGAAACUCGGUGUGUGUACCGGGGACUGUCCGGUGAAACUCGGUGUGUGUACCGGGGACUGUCCGGUGAAACUCGGUGUGUGUACCGGGGACUGUCCGGUGAGACUCGGUGUGAGUACCGGGCCAUGCGGGCAGAGGAUGGGGGAAGAAACAAGAGUUUCUCCGCUCAAGAACUUCGUGGCCGGAGGAGUAGGUGGAGCGUGUCUGCUGCUGGCUGGACACCCACUGGAUACCAUCAAGGUGAGGCUACAAACACAGCCCAAAGCCUCCUGCACUCAGUAUGUCCUCUACACAGGAACAUAUGACUGCUUCCGCAAGACUGUGUCCAAAGAGGGUAUCCUCGGCCUCUAUAGAGGAAUGGGGGCUCCGCUGGCGGGCGUGGCUCCGAUGAUGGCCAUCAGUUUCUUCGGCUUCGGUCUGGGGAAACAGCUCCAGCAGACGGAUCCUGGCCAACUUCUAACGCCCUCUCAGAUCUUCCUGUCUGGAUGUCUGGCAGGCGUCUUCACUACAGUGAUUGUGGCUCCAGGAGAGAGGAUCAAAUGUUUACUGCAGGUGCAGGCGAGCAGCGGGAAGUCGAGGUACGCGGGUCCACUGGACUGUGCGCUCAGGCUGUACAGGGAGCAGGGGAUCCGCAGCGUCUACAAAGGGACGCUGCUCACUCUGAUCAGAGACGUGCCUUCUAAUGGUCUCUACUUCCUCACAUAUGAAUACCUCAAACACUUCCUGACACCUGAGGGUCAAAGUGUUUCUCAGCUGAGCACCCCCAACAUCCUCCUGGCCGGUGGCGUCGCAGGAAUAUUAAACUGGACGAUCGCUCUUCCUCCCGACGUCCUCAAAUCCAACUUCCAGACAGCUGCAGAUGGGAAGUACAGAGGUAUUGUGGAUGUCCUGAGAACACUUCUGCGUGAAGAAGGCCCUAAAGCGCUCUACAAGGGAUUUAACCCCGUCUUCCUUCGAGCCUUCCCUGCCAACGCGGCCUGUUUUCUGGGCUUCGAAGUGGCUCUGAAGGGAUUAAACGUGAUCGCACCCAGUUGGUGAAAUAAACCAGUUCAUCAUGAAGAGUCACCGUCUGGUCCGGCUUCUCUCCUGAGUUACUUCUGCUGCUCUGAACAUUUUCACCAGGUCAAAUGUGAAGAAUCUUUGUAUUCCUAAAUGUAUUUUUACAUUUAAUUUUACAAAUACAUUUUCUAAAUGAUGAUUUAAUACUCACUUUGUGUGAGCACUGGUUUUACGUACAGGCACAUUUAUGAAUGUAUGAUUUGAAGUGUCAGCUCUGAGCCUUGAUCACUUUUUAAAACUAUUCAGAUGUUUUAGAAAAUAUGAAUCAGUGUUUGUUUCUCUUGUGUAAAGGCACCGAGGCAGUGUUUUAUAAACUUUGUGAAUAAAGUGUUUGAAUAAAAAGUGUGUUCACUGGGUCACCACCUGAGCCUCCGGUAGUCUGGGCAGUCAUUUGUAAUAAUGUGCACAAUAAAAUGAAAUGUGAAAAUGUCA